AUUACUAACGCAUAUGUUAAACUUCUUCCAGUCAUCACCUGUUAUGUCUGUUCCAGCUCGUUGGUCUCAUGUUCCUGCAUCCCCUCUUCAGUCUAUUUCCCUUUCUAUGCCAUUGCAGCAACAUGCUGAAGGUGCAAUUCCUUCUCAAUUUAAUCAGGGGUCUUCUGUUGAUCAGUCGUUAACUAGCAACAAGUUCCUUGAGCAACAAUCCUCAACACCAUCUGAUACUAGCCAGAAAUUCCCUGUGUUGACUGAUGCAACUGUCUCCCAGUUGCCAGAUGAACUAGGGUUGGUUGAGCCAUCAAGCUCCACAUUUGCAGGAGCUUCAACACAGAGUAUUGCUGUAAAGAGUUCAUCCCUAAGUGCUGUUUCUGAUACUAAUACUAGUACUAGUAAGAAGUCUGACGUCCAAAAUGGGAGUGGCAGUAGCAGCAGUGGCCAAAACACAAGUUCUGCCUUCAAGACCAAUUCCUCCCAGCAAAAGAAUAUGUCCUCUCAGCAUUACAGCAAUUCCUCUGGGUAUAACCAUCAAAGAGGAGGUGGUGUUUCCCACAAGAACAGUUCUGGGGAGUGGUCCCACCAUAGGACAGUCUUCCAAGGAAGGAACCAGUCCUUUGGUGGAGAUAAGAACUUUCCUUCUUCGAAGAUGAAACAGAUUUAUGUAGCUAAACAACAGCCCACAAGUGGGACUGGGACACCAGCAACAUCAUGAUGAAAGGAAAAAUGGGCUUCUCGAGAACCAAUGGAAGCGAGGAACAAAUUUGAAGGUGCCUCUUCUUCACCUUAUUUCUUUUUGGUUAAUUUUGUCAUAUCAGUGGCUGCUAAAUAGUGGUGAGUGCUCUGGUUUGGAUUUUACCGGUAUCUAUUAAUACAUCGGUGCUGGUUUGGUAAUGAAGUUUGAAGUACUGAUAUGGUAGAGCAGUUUUGUUUUUCUGUGACAUUUUAGUGGUGUGCUAUCGACCAUGGCACUCCUUUAGUUUUAGGUGCAUAAGUUUUCUUUUGAUUGAUGUAUUGAAAUUGUUGACGAUACAGCUGCUAAUUUUUUUUCAAGUAUAAUAUGAUAAAUGUAGGCUCGGAUAAGAUGUUUCUUUCUCACCCCCGUUUACAUUAUCUGCCUUGUGCUUUUUGACUUAUGUCAUUUUUUGCCUUGGAAUUUUUCUUGGAAUAAUAUUUGACUUUUCAU